AUGGGUAUGCCAAUGUCUACGAUGACUAGUGCUAGAUGUCAGCAUCUCGUCAUGAUUAGUGCUAGAUGUGAUAAACCCCAUUCAUGCAAACAUUGUCAUAAACGCUUUGCAUUAGCGUGCAAUCUGAGAGCUCAUUUAAAAACUCAUGAAGGUGAACAUCAUGAAAAAUGUACUCAGUGUGGUAAGGUCUUCCCAGCUGCUGCUAAAAAAUUGACUCAUGGUUAUUGUCAGCCUUGUUACCAGAACAGCAAUGGAAUAGCUUUGACUAAGAAAUUUGCUAGUCCAAGUGAUGAAAAUGAGCGCGAUGUGGCAAAAUCACCAGUCACCGAAUCAUCAAGUGAACACCAUGGUUCCAUCAAAAGAGAAGUUAACUCUUCAACAGAACUACCUUCCACGACAUCUCCACCACCACCUCCUCCUAUGUUGUUAGGGAUGUUAGAUCAGGUGAUGAUGAGAUACAGAGAAGCGGGAGGUCUUCUGCCACCAUCAUUGUCAGCUCUGAGGUUCUUGGAAGGCAUGCCAGUUCUCUCUCAGAGAAAUUAACUACUGUCCUCAUAGAAAUAAAAGAACAUUCAUGGUAUAUCUUGUUGUCACAUUUGCCUAGAACAAUGUGCCUAAAAGUGCCUUACAUGACCGAGAUUGCAUUCUCUGCACAUGACAACUUACAGAGGCAAAUACAGCAAUUCUUCUGCAUAAGACACUGCCUUGAAAAGCUCAAGAUAAACAGUUUAUUAUUCUGUUGCGCAAGGUUUCUUUUCCGGAAAUUUUAUAAUAAAAAGUACAACGAGAGACUAUUCGGCAGACUGAUAAAUUAUGUUGAAAAGCUUUUGAAAUUGCACUUAUUAUAGUUAUUAAUGCAGACAUUUCAGACUGUAUUAUGGAGCUUACUGUAUUUGAAUUAGUUACUACUGAAGCCUUAUUCUCCUAUGUAGUUUUUGAAGAAUUGUUUAAAUUUGAAGUUUUGAGCUGUUUUGAUUCUGUUUAAAACUGUAAUAUUUAAGAAUUAGGAUUAUAUCUUAAAUAAUUCAAAUUUAAGUAAGCUGUUUAAAUUUGAGCUUCUGACAUUAAAAUGAACAACAGAAGAAAUUUUUAAGCCAUUGAAGUAAUCGUUGUAAUAAGUGAAAUGCAAAGCUUAUUUUUUUCUCUUUCUGCUGUCGAUAUAUCAUUCAUUUCGAAGUUAAUUAAAAACGGAUCAAAAAUAUGAAAUGAAAUGGAUUAAAAUCAUUAAGCAGGACUGUAAUUAAACUACUUAUAAAUAGUUAAAUUACAGUCCUGCUCAAAAUAUAUACAACUAGGCAAGUAAAUUAUGUAUAUACAUACUAAAAUGUUUAUGUACCACUUUUAUAAUUAUUUUUAUUUUAAUUUUGUAUUGAAAAUAUACACUUACAAUAAGUGUUACUGUAAUUAAUUAACUCGCUUAAAUUACAAUAACGAAUCAUAAUAUUAAAAAGAGGCUUUUAUAUUUAUUAAAUAUUGCUGCAAAAUAGGCACUGCAUGCGCGAAGUUAUUUUAUUGCACCUUACCUGUACGAAAAGUAUUUAGUUUUAUCUUGUUUUGUACACGACACAAAGUAAUUAAUUUUUAAUUCAAAAAUAUGUUUCAAUUUUUGCGCACUUUUCAACAUUGUGCUAUUUUAUAAGUAAAUUGUCAUGUAAGUUAUGUAAAAAAUCCGAAAAUCAAAUACUAAAUCAAUUAGUUUUUUUUUCACUGUUAUAUGAUAAAUAUUUUUUUUCAGUUUUAUGAUAUGUUGCUAGUUAAACGCGUAAAUGAAGUACAGUAUACACUGUAAUUUCAUUUAUGUUGAAUAUAUAUAGUCAAAUUUAUUUCUGAACUUAUAGUACGUAUGUUAUAAAUAAAAGUGAAAGAUAGGGUGUUAAUAAAAAUGCAUCAUUUUUGGAACAAAUCUAUUAAAAAUAUGUUUUAUUUCACUAGUUUGAAAAACUAAGUUAAAUUACCUGAUUUAAAUAUUUAUCUUACUAAGUCAUAUUUUUUUUUUUUUUUUUUUUUUUUUUGUUCUUAACUAAUAUGUAGCUUAUAAAAAUAUCCGAAACUUUGAAGUUCAAAUUAAUAAUGUGUCACAAAAUUCUUAUUUAUUUACUUGAUAUCCCAUCUAUUGUACAACAAAACUGAUCCAUAGUACAAUAAAUUUAUGCUUGCUUUUAAAAAAAUUUCAAUUAAUUUAAUAAAAAUUGGAUUUUAAUGACUUUUAAUUAAUAUGAAAUUGAAUUUUAAAAUUUCAUUUAAUUAAUUAAAUUUUAUUUUAUGUAAACGACACGCGAAAUGUGAUAUAGUUUUUUACGUCUGUGAUCUUUUGUUUUGAGUAAACGUUUGUCACUGAAAUAAUGAAUUAAGUUAUUUUUCAUUAAAUAAGAAUUUAAUUUUAACAUCGUGUCUUAGACUUGUGUAGAUAGUUCAAGUAAAUAGGGACAAAAGCGAAAGCUCACUUGCUAAGCAUUUAAACGUCUACUUAGUCAAGUUUACGAAGCAUUAAAACGUCCACACUAUGCAGUCAUUAUUAUAACGUCACAGGAAAGAAAUCUGAAAGAAAAUUAUAAUGAAUUUAUUCUAUAAAUAUUCUACCUCUAAUUUAUCUCCAAUGAUAAAUGUAGUAUUUUAAAAAUUUCUAUGAUAAUUCAGUCAGUUAAAGAAUGAAAAUAAAAAUGGUUAUAUACAUAAGUAGUCAUAUUAUUUAAGAAGUAGGCUUAAGAGUGUUCUCGAAGUCUUGAACUGACAUAUUUGAGUUCCAGAAUUGACAAACUCAACUAUAAGCAUCUUCAUCAUCGUUGACAGGGGGGGGAAUUAAAAUUAUAUUUUCUGCUGUACUAAAAAUUAACGAUACUUAAACAUCUGUUAAAAUGAAAUUCACAGUUAUUUAUUUAUUAUUACCGAAAAUUAAUCAAUGCGAUUGUCAUAAUAAGUAUAGCUACUGGUAUGUAAUAAUACCAUGCAUACUAUUACGAGAAGUGUGCGUUCUGUAAGAUUACAUAUUAUUGUUAUAUAAGUCAUUUUCAAAGAGUAUUGUUGGUUCUUUCUGAUAUAUCAAUUAAAAAUUAUUCUUGAUUAUUGCAGAUAGAUGACUUUAAAAAGCAUUCCCUGCUUCUACAGGUCCAUCGAUUUCAGCUUUUUAUAUAAUCAUUAAAUACUGUAUAACUUUACAUUUACCUUUAUGAAUAAGCUUCAUUAAAACUCAAGGCUGUCGAUCGCUUGACUCGUGCUUCGAUACACAUUUUCCAAUAUUAUAAUUACUGACUGACAGAAACCUGUCAUGAAAGAUUAUUCAGCAACAUUUAAAGACAUUUCUUCAAUCUAAGGUUGUAAUUAUAGACAUUUAUUUGAACGUUCAUUGUCAUUCGUCUGUCGUUCUGUAUAAAAACGUGCAUGGUUUUUCUGGUCUUUGAGGUUAAAUCUGCAGCACUGGCAGACUCCGGUCUACAAUGACGACAUAAAUUUAAUUUCAAAUUUGCAAAAAAUAUGAUAGUGUCAUUUAGAUAGUCAUUAACCAAGGCAUAGUUGUAUAACUUUCAUUUUACCCAUGUUACAUACGGGGACACAUUCUGGAAGACGGGCUUAUGGACUAUUGAGCUAGAUGAGAUUAAGAGUUUACUCGUGAUAUGUAGCAAAUUAGUAUUAAAAGUAUACUUGUUAUAGUAAAAAGGUAAUAAAACCUUUUUAUCUUUUAAUGAAAUCAUCAAGUGCUCAAUUUAAUUUUAUGUUGAUUUUAACAUGUCAUGAAAAUUAAUUGUUACAAUUGGUAUGUCUCGGACUUAUGAGACACGAUUUCAUUGAAAUGAAUUAAUUUCAAUAAGAGUGCUUCAAAGUUCAAGUCUCAAAGAAGAUCGUCAUCAGCAGCUAAUAAAAUAUAAAUUUGUGGGAAUUAAAAAUUAAUUCCGGAGACUGUAAACAAAUGGUGAUAAUAUUUUGUCAUAAUAUUAAUAUUAAUUAUGGGUAAAAUGUAACAGUAAGAUGCUAGUGACAGUGACGUUUUCGAAAUUGAUGAAAUAUUUCGGUAUGUGCUGCAAAUAUAAGCUUUUGUUAUUGAACAUAAUUUUACACCAUCAAAAAAUCAAAAAAUAGCAAUUUUUUGCUACCUUAAACGCAAUUAUUAUGUAUUUAAAAAUAUUUUGUGUCUGUAAUAUGUUUAAAUGAUGAUUACUGUAUAGAUUUCUGUAAAGUAAAAUUCGCAUUACAGGAUGUAAAAUGACUUUUAUUAUUGAUUAAGUUUUUAAAUUUUGCUUUACGAAAAUGUAAAGCACAAUAAUGCAAGAAAAUAACAUAGAAAGAUAAACCAUCUAACUGUUAUUCACUGUAAAGACUUUAACAAUUACUUCUUUCUGAAGAGUUCGAAAACUUUUAAUUAACAUUCCAUCUCUCUUUUCAUAUUUAUCAAUGAAUUUUAGUUUAAAUUUCUUCGCUUUCUUACUUAAACGUAUUUAAAAUAUUAAAAGAGAAAAGCUAAAAUUUAUUUAUUUUUCUUCUCUUUAACAUGUAGGCAAAAUGGUAAUAAACGCAUAUACAUGUAUUUUAGACUGAAUUCUUAAAACUAAUACGUGAAGCACAUAAUUAUGCAAAUUUUGCUUUGAGUUCUUUUUUAAAGAAUUGCAUGCUAAAUAAAUAAUACGUGGCACCUUUGGCGAAUAUUGAUGAUAACAUUUCAGAGUAUAUUAAUACUGACAGUGCUACUGCAUGUAUGUCCCUAAAAGCAGUAAAAGAAAUGGCGUAUAGUUACAUUCUUCCUUAAAGAUUUUCACAGAUUUAUCAGAGAAAACAUUCUCAUCCUUUACAUGGAAAAUUUUUAUGCAUAAAGGGUAUAUAAAUUAAAAAAAAUAUUAUUUAAUAUUAUGAAAGAUUAUCCUAAAAUUUUUACAUGAUAAUUUAAUUCACAGAAUGUUUUUCCAAGGCAAAAAUCUUUCAUAGUUUUAAUCUAUUUUAUUAUAAAUUUUAAUAUUUUAUUUCUCCUGUGGAACAAACAAAUAUACAAAUGAACAAAUCGUUAAUAAUUGUAAAUGUAAGCUCAAUAAAAAGGAUUAUUAAGAAUAAUGUGUUUACGCAAAUUAACUAAACUGUAUAUAUUUACCUGUGUGUAUUAUAUUUUCUAAAUACUAUAUUUUGAUAUUAUAUUUUCCAAAUACUGCGCAAUAAAACAGUACUUAUGAUUAAGUUAUGUAGAAAGCUCGUAUGGAAUGUUUAAAAAAUGAAACAAUGCAGUUAUGUAGAAGUAAUAUAUUCGAAAUCGUAUACUUUAAUUAAAUAUUUCAUAUUCUCAGUUCAUAAAAUCAUUGCUAAUUUUGAUUUAUAAUUCACUAAUGCUACAUUAUUAAUGGGAAAGAUGUCUAUUAUUUUGCGCACAUGAUACAUUAAAAGACUCAUAUAACCAUUAUUUAUAUCUAGUAAUACUGGCCUCAAAUUUGUACGAAUGUAUUUUUGCUACUAUAGAACUCAGUUUUGUUGAUUAUUUUAUGGUUCUUCAGAACCGAAAGCAAUUUAUGUAAAGCAUCAGUAUUAGAAAGUUUACUGUAAGUAUGGAUUUCUGAAGCGUGCCUAAAAUCCUGAUUCCUUUGUACAUAAAACCAUGCAGAUUUAUGUAACUCUUGUAGAUUUUUUUUUCAAUGUCUUCUUAACAUACAUUUAUAUGAAGAUUGUUUGCAUUUAUGCACAAUAUUUGUAAAAACAUGUGUUUUUUUAUUCAUGGUAAAUAAUAAUCUUUAAAAUGGUUCUUCACCAAACUCAUUAACUUUUCAUCAAUUUCAUCACAUUUCGGCAUAUUUAAUGCCACUUUUAAGAAAUUAACUGACGUAGAAGCUCUUAAAUUCUACGACGAUUGGUUUCUAAAAGCAAUUUUGUAAAGCAAUAUUGCUAAAUCAAAAUGAGAGGUGUACAAAUGUAUGUGCCAUCUAUUUUUAUACAUUACUUUUAUACUUUUACUACUACUAUCUUCUUUAUAGAUAAUAAUCAAAAUAUAGUAGUGCAGUUUUAUUGACUGUUGAAAUAAUUUAUGACCAUUUAUAUGAACUGGCAUUUUGACACUAGUUUUGAAUUAGUAAUAUAUAGAGAAAAUGCAGCAACCUGGUGCAUAAACUAAAUACAUAUUUUGUUAAGUAUAUGAAAUCUAUGUUAAAUAAGUUUGUUGAAAAAUGCAAAAUAUGAAAUUAAAAAUACGAUGAGCAAACUGUUCUGAAAAAAGAAGAAUGCAAUUAUGUAUAUGUAUACUUUUACAAAUUGUAAAUAUUGUAAUAUUCGGGUUUCGUCGGUGAUACUCAACUAAGGCAGGGUUUUGUAAAAUCAAAAUGAUAAAUAUCUAUUCUUAUAUUUUUUCUGGUAUUUUCUGAUUUAAUAGUAAUAUAUCCUUCGUGUCUAGUCAACACCAUAUUGUUCCAAAUGUAGCGUAUUUCUUUUGCUUUGAAAUAUUGUAUUCAAAUGAAAAUAAAACUGCUGCUAUUUUUAUGUAA